AUGACUACUCAGACUAAGGAUUUGAGUGACUUUUGUCUAUCCUUCCCCAAACCUAUAGAUGAACUACAUCCAGAUGAACUCGUAAAGAAGAUCAGCCAACGCAUUCCUCGCUCAUUGCCUGCUUGUGACAAUUACUACCAUGCACCUGCACCAACAAAUUCAAACACAACUCCAGAGAAGGAGGAUCCUAUCGUAAAGGAACUUCUGAAGUUGUAUCCUCACAAAUCAGGUGUGGUUACGUAUAGGGUUGACCACCACGAAGAAAAUGAAAUCGUGGUGUAUUCCGGCAAAUUGCAAGAAUUGUUGUAUUUACUUCUUGAGGAGAAACAUCUUGAUGAUAACAUCCGGAUUUCAAUUGAAUCUUCCUUGUUUGACUUGACCUGUUAUUUACCUAAUCCCCAGGUUGAAGAGCAACCAGAGGAACCAGAGGAGAUACCUAAAUUAACCAGGAAACAGAAACUUCGAAAACAAUAUUUGUUAAAACCAAACGAUGCAGUAUCCCACUUGUCGUAUCCUAAUAACUACCGGUCGAAAAUCGUCAUUGACAAUUAUGAAUAUUUACUUAAAUUUUCAUCCACCUAUUUUAAUCUUUCCCUUGCAUCCCACAUCACCAAAUUCAUGGUUGAGUUGAUUUACAGCUUGAAUUACUGGGAAGUAGUCCAUUUAGUUUAUAUGAACCCGGACAUAACUUACUUUUUAAAGUUGAUUGAUUUUGAAAUUAUCGAAACUUCAUUUGGGCCUUUGAUUAAACCCCCUGAAAAUUAUUUAUGUGAUGACAUGUUACAGGGAUUACAAUAUCCUUUCCCAUAUCCAUUUUACAACUAUUCCUAUCAUUCAUUUGACUCGAGAAUUGAGCAGAACAAGUUUGAUUCUGUCAAGAUUAAUCCAUACUUGGGUAUUAGUUUGAAGCAACAGGAUAUGGAACCACCAAAGAAGAAGAAGAAGCGUGGAAGAAAACCAAAGUUGAGAUUAGAAACUGAAGACAUUGAGGAACCAGUUGAUGAAGAAGCCGUAAGUCCCAAGCAUCAAGAUUCUCCAGACUAUGAGGAACCACAAACAUUUGAAGUUGAAAGAGAUGAUGAUAAAGAUUUGAGCACGACUGAAGAAAUUCAAUCUGUCAAGGAAGAAACUACUUCGAUUAAACAAGAGCCACAACAAGAAUAUUAUGAUACACCUACUUUACCGGGUCAAGUUCAGCAAAUGCCACAUCCACAACAGGAACAAAAUGUUCCCCCACCACCACCACCACCUCCUCCCCCUCCUCCUCCACAAGUAUAUGGGCCUCCUCCUUCUUUGGCAAUGUAUGCCAUGAGUCGACCCAUGCAACCUCAUGAACAAUAUCUGUACUAUCAAUAUCAACAACAGGAUCCCCAACAAGGUACAUCUCCUAGAGAAUUACCUAUACCACGUGUAUCUCCGGAUAACCAGGGCCAACAACAGCAGCAGCAACAACAACAGCAACAACAACAACAGCAACAACAACAACAGCAACAACAACAACAACAGCAACAACAGCAGCAGCAACAACAACAACAACAGCAACAACAGCAGCAGCAACAACAACAACAUUCUCUUCCUUCUAUCCAAGUGCAACCUGAAUAUCAACCGGUUUUGAUCAAUCAACGGUAUGAAUAUCGUCCUGGAGAGGUGUUACCUCCAAUAAAUAAACUAACUGAACCCCGUCAAAUACAAGAUCAACAGCUGCAACAAUCACAACAAAUGCCUAUGUUUCCAUUUCAAAACCAAUUGAAAUUCAUUCCCCAAUCACCCAACCGUGCUCAAUCCAGUGGUGGCCCACUUGCGAUCAAUACCAGUUCUAUUUCGCCUACCAUUGACUCUCCUCAAUCUGGAUUGCUUGGUUCUCCUCGUGUAGAUGGAGAUUCAAGCAUGCAUCAAAUGAUGGAUCAAUCAUAUAUGAUGGAUGAUAAGGGCAAAAAGAAGCCUGGGGUAAUUCAUCAGUGUCAUUUGACCGAUCCCACCACCAUGUCGAAAUGUCUCAAGAUUUUCUAUGGAAAGAAUGAAUUGUUGAGACAUCAGGAAUUUGUUCAUGCGACGAAAAAGAAGAUAUACAAAUGUAUUUACUGUUCAAGAAACGGGGCAAAAGUGCAAAGCUAUCCUCGUCAUGAUUCAUUGGCUAGACAUAUCAGGAGAAAACAUGGGGUCACUGGAAAGGAAAAUAAAAUGGCGGUGAAUUAUGCCAAGGAAAAUGUCGAGAUUAUUGAUGAAUCGAACCAAUUGGUGACCCAGCCUCAUAAUUUUGUUGAGCCUUUGCCACAUCCUGGAUUUUUGAAUCAGGAUUACCUGGUUAAGGAUACAGGUGGGUUUUGGCUGUUCAGAAGUAAAGGUCAGGGUGAAGGUGGAUAUGAACAGCAGCAGCAACUGUCGUCACCGAACCAGCAACAGCAGCAGGCGAUUCUGCCAGAAAUUCAACAAGGACCUCAGCAAGGACCAAUUAUAUCAUUACCUCCAUUGGGAGCCAGAGACGAUGGACAAUAUCAAGGACAACCGCAACAGCAAUCUUCAAUGCCAAUGUAUAUGCCAGUGCAAGCUACUUUAAUAGGUGUUCCUGAAUACCGACCCAAUGCACAGGCACAAGCACAAGCACAAGUACUGCCACAGGUUGAACAACAGCCUACACAGCAACAACAAUCACAGCCUAAUCCAACGAGUGGACGAACUACCACGGUACUUCCACUGAUGCAUGAAUUGGAUAGUAGUCAUUCCUUUGGUAUCCACAGUAGACCAUUUGCAGAUUCGGAUCAACAUAAAUCAGGAAGUUGAACUGAAUACUGUUACUUACGUUUAUAUUUAGUAGCAUAUAUAAUAUAUUAAACUAAUUCCAUGUGUAGAUUGCUCGUAUCGCCUUU